GGGAAUGACUUCAAGUCUAAGUUCCAUAUAUAUCUUCUUUGCCUUCAAAAGAGGCUUUGGCUACCCUAAUGUGUCUAUAUAUAAGGGGAGCAUUGAGCGUGAGACAAGUUAAGUUUUGUUUCAUAAAUAUAAUAAUUUAUCAAGGAGGAGAAUUUGGCGUGGGAAAUGGUUAAGCUAACAAUGGUUGGAAGGGUGAAUGACGGGUUGCCACUGGCACAAGGGGCAAGGCACUUGAACAAAGAGAACGACAACUUCUCAUCUAAUUACAAGCAACAAGCAGAAUUCAUACUGAAAGAAAUCUCCAGAGGAGCCUUACCACCUUCCAACAUGACCAUCCGCGUUGAUCACCAUUCUUUCAACUAUUUGGUCGUGAAUGGAAUCUGGUUCAUCACAUUGUGCGAUUCUUCCUAUCCAAGAAAACUAGCUUUCCAUUAUCUGCAGGAUUUGCAAAAGGAGUUUGACAAGUUUGAUCGUAGCCUCAUAGAGAAAAUAACAACACCAUACAGCUUUAUUAGAUUCGAUAGUAUUAUUGCUAAUAUUAGAAAGCAAUAUAUUGAUACAAGAACACAAACGAAUCUAUCAAAGCUGAAUGCUAAUCGUUGCCAAGAACUAGAUAUAAUUACUGAAAACAUGUCUGAUAUUAUAGAAAGAAGACGAAAUUCAGAAAUAUUUGAGACACUAGCUACUCCUCUGACCUCCUCCCAAGUUUGGGGUUCUCCACGGCUUGAGGCAAUUGCGUUGAUAUGGAUGCCCAUUACAAUCAUUGCUAUUGUUACUUCAGUUUUUUUAUGGGUUGGCCUAAUCUUUACAGACGACUUCUUAAUAUCAACUUUGUAGAGAUCCUAGAGCCAGGAUAUAGGAGAUUUAAGCAUGAAGCCAAGGUGCCAAAAGGAUCGAAGAAGCUUGAUUCACCGCAAGAACUUAAAAUAUCUAUACCAUGGAGCUUGUAAUUGCAUGUAAAACCAUGACGAUCAUGUAUGUUAUAUUCUUCAUAUAGUAUGCUUCAACAUUUAUUUAGAUGUAAAUUAACAGACCUCAAAAUGAAAC